AAAAGGGGAAGAAACACCAUUCUGUGGCUCGAUGUGGGUUUGGCAGUUAUUGCCUCCCCCUUCCUGGGACUUCCCACUGUUCUUUAGCACAAAUCAAACUUGAGCAAAAACAAGUUUUUCCAUAGGAUCAGUUAUAAAAAAAACAGCAACUGCGAUGAUCAGCUUAAUGACCAAGUUUCUUGGUCUUACCAGUGAAAAGUAGACUCACCAAAGGCUUGUGAACAUUUCUGGCAAAAGCACUGGCUGGCUUGUUCAUCUCUUAUAUGGUCAAUCGUUGUGUUUCUGCGGGACCAAAGGCACAGACUGGUUAGUGAAGUCUCUUCCAGAAUGCUGUCAGAAGGGUAUCUCAGUGGACUCGCCUACCAGAAUGACAUCUACUGGAACUGUACAUCUUGUAACGAGCAGGUAGUUGAGGAAAAAGAAGAGACUGAAGCCACAGCUGCUACUGCUCUUUACUAUUCCCCUGUGGACAAAACGCAAGUCCGAAAUCUCUAUGUGAGCUGCAAAUCCUCUGACAAGUUUAUUUCUUCAGUGCAUUCGAGAGAGAGCCAUCCUAGCAGAAAUCCGAUGAUCACGGUAUUGCAAGCCAACCCCAAUCCUGUGUUCGAAAGCCCGAACUUGGCCACAGUUGAGUUAUAUAGAGAUCCCAGCAGAGAGACCUACCUGGUUCCUCCUUCCUGCAAGAGUAUUUGCAAGAAUUACAAUGACUUACAUAUCGCAGGGGGCCAGGUGAUGGCCCUUAAUUCAGUGACAACGGAUUUUGCCUCCGAGGGCAGUUUCGAACAUGGCCCUUUGCUGAAAUCGUCUGAGAUUCCUUUGACCAUGGAGGAUUCCAUUUCCACUCAGCCCAGUGACUUGCCACCAAAACCCAUCCAGCGCUAUUCAUCCUACUGGAGAAUCACCAGUGUCAAAGAGAAAAGCAGCCUGCAAAUGCAGAAACCUAUUUCGAAUGCAGUCCUGAAUGAGUACCUGGAGCAGAAGGUGGUGGAGUUAUAUAAGCAGUACAUUAUGGACAAUAUGUUCCAUGACAGCUCUCCUACACAGAUUCUGGCAUCUGAACUCAUUAUGACAAGUGUGGACCAAAUUAGCAUUCAAGUCUCUAGAGAGAAGAACCUGGAGACCUCAAAAGCCAGGGAUAUAGUCAUUAACCGUCUACUACAGUUGGUGUCAACUGAAAUCAGCACACCGAGUCUCCAUAUUUCUCAGUAUAGUAAUGUGAAUCCAUAGAGAAAAGGCUUCUAUUCCUUUUGCUCAACUCCUCAAAUCUUAGGCAACAAUCAUUCACUGACUCUGAGAAUGUGCAGGAGGGUUGCUAAGGGGAGUCAUGAACUGGAGAAACAAAGGUCUGCUGGAGGUCAGGUGUGGAUUAGGAGGGAAUCUGCUAAUAAUAACAACACAUGAAGGAAUGUAAUGACUUCAAAGCGACGGUUGGAUAGCAACAAAGCAAAAAUAAAAACGAUCAGAAAAUAAAACAUAUGAUUCCCUUAAGGGAACAAAGAAAUUGAAAAAGACACACCAAAGAAGAACACGCACCAUGGCAAAACUAGAAGCCAAAGGUUUCAGGGUAAGGAGUUAAGACUACGUUUGCCACUCAAGUAAAUUCCUCCAAGUUGUUUCUCCUUGAGGGAAAUGGACUGUGAAGGCUGCUAUAUUUGGGUAGAAAGACAGGUUCAAACAGGUCUCAAAAUAUGUUUCUAUCUCUUUUCUCUAUCCUGUAACAGAUGACUUAAAAAUACAUUCAUAAAUAUUAAAAUAGUAGCUAAUUGCAAUUGUGUUUUUAUUUUUUAUGAUUACUUAGCUACAAAAAGCCACUCAACUCUAAUUCUGUUUAUCAGGUGAGAUGAAGUUUUCUAAAUGGAAAAUACCACAUGAUGAAUAUUCAACUAUUGUUUUAUUUUGCUGUGUUUUGUUUUCUGGUUAGUACUAAGCUUCUAAAGAAAUUAUGGAUUUUAUUUCUCCCAUUUUAAUAUAUUCUUUUCUUUUUGGCCACACAUGUGGCAUGCAGAAGUUGCCAGGACAGGGAUUGAACCUGCGCCACGGCAGUGGCAAUCCCAGAUCCUUAACCCACUAGGCCACCUGGGAACUCCUUAUUUUUCCCGUUUUUUUUUCUCUUCCUCUUCUACAUGCCCUCUUGACCCUUCUGGAGCCAGGAAGGGGUCUUUUUGGUUUCUCUUAUAAGCUCUAGGGUCUCAUGAUGUCAAAUUCUGUAAAUUCAUGAACUAGGAUGGUAGCUUUAUGAGAGCCUGACUGCUCUACUCUAUUCCUCUAGCUCAGGGCUUGGCAAACCAUGGCUCAUUGGCCACAUCUAGCCUGCCACCUGUUUCUUUUAUUGAGAUAUAAUUGACAUAUAACAUGUUAAUUUCAUGUGUACGCUGUGAUUUCCUAUUUGCUUAUUAUUAAAUGAUUACCACACUAAGUUGGGUUAUAUCCCUUUUGAACUCCCAUAAGCUAAGAAUUUUUUCAACCACUUUAAAAUGGAAAAAGUAAGAGCUCCCACUGUGGUGCAUGGUUUAAGAAACCGACUGCAGCAGCUUGGGGCCCGAGUUUGAUCCCUAGCGUGGGGCUGUGGUUAAAGGAUCUGGUGUUGUCACAGUUGCGGCAUAGGUCACAACUGUGGCUCAAAUUCAAUCCCUGGCCAGUAACUUCCAUAUGCUGAGGGUGUGGCCACUGAAAAAAUAAUAAAAUGGCAAAAAUAAAAAAAGAGUAUUUUGUAACAUGAAAAUUGUUAUUCAAAUUCAGUGUGCAUAAUAUAAGGCUUUAAUGGAGCACAGCCACACCCAUGUGUGUAUUCUUUAUGGAUGUUUUCACAAAGAGCAGAGUUCAUUAAAUGUGACAGAAUAUGUGGCCACUGAAGCCAGAAACACCAUCUCUCCUUCCACAAAAGAAUGUGCCAACCCUGUUCCACAGCACUGCCCUGCCCUGCCCAUACAACAGUUGUUUGUCUUAGUUUUGCUUCCUUGAGGAAGCUGACUCUGAGAUGGAGACUGGCCAGCAAGUUUACUGGGGAGUGUUGGGUAUAACCUCUAUAAGGGAGUCAAGAAAAGAGAAUUGGUUUCCACCCAGGCCUCGGGAAUCUCAGGGAGCUCUGGGAUUGGGAUGGCCCUUCAAAAUGGAUUCAAAUUGAAAUGGGAGGCUUGGCUUUGGUUCUCUUGCUUGACCACCAGGGGGCGUAACCUGAGGUGAGGCAGUUCAGGGAGCCUUCAGCAGCCAAACUCCUAACAGCUGUUGGGGUAAUGAGUUCCUCACCCAGGAGGAGGAAUGUGGGAAGGGGACAAACAGCAUCCUCUCCAUCUCUAUUUGUAGAAUGAUUCUCCCCGCCAACAUGUAGAAAACAUGGAGAGAACCCGGUUUUGAAAUAUUUAUUAAGAAAUGUCAUUUCACUGUUUUAAAACAUAUCAUAAUAGCCACUAGGUACUAAUUGCUUGCCAUGGUACCUGGCACAAUGUUAGGCAUUUUGUAUGAAUUUUAUAUAAUUCUUAGUAUAACCUCAACAAAGGGUGCCUAUGAUUCCCACCCCUCCUCCCCUUUUUUCCCUUAAGGCUGAUGAGCCACUUGGGCUCAGGGAAGUUAGGUAAUUUGCCCAAGGGCACCCAGUGAGUGGUGGAACUAGAUUUUAAUUCAGUUCCAUUUUACUGGAAAAGUCCUGGUUCUUAACCACUACCACCUGCUCUCCUGUUGACCACCUUAUUUGUCUCGUUAAAGACUGGUUUUCUACUCCAAGGGAAAAUAACUCUACCAUUAUGUUACUUCUUUUCUUUAUAGUGUUCUGUUUGCUGGUAUUUAUUUGCUUAUCUUCCCCCCUCUGAAAUUGAAGCUUUGACUUAUUCAUGUUUUUCUCCAUGUCCUAAGCAGUAUUUGCACCUAGUAGGCAACCAAUUAAUACAUGUCAAAGGGCUAAACAAGUUUUGGCAACAUUGGCUACUGCAUCUGAUGGUUGAAACUAAAAACCCAUCAGAAUGAAAAAUAGAUACUUCUGACUAGAAAACAACUGCUACUGAGAGUUCCUCUUCAAGAAGAAAAUGGAAUAGAUGAGAUUAAUUUCUUAUAGCAGGUUAGUCAAUUGUAUAAAAUGUAUUAUAAUACUAUCACAGAUGUUUUCGCCUUUGAUUACCUGAGAAAUGAUUUGUUAGAAGUCAGUCGUUUCUUGUUUUUUUGUUUUUUUUUCAGUGAGCAUUUAUUUGAUGCUGCUUUUUUGGAGCACUGUGUGUUAAACGCAUGCAAAGGCAACACCUAUGUAUGUGUGCCACACACAGAGGAGUAGGCCCUUAUCUCUGAAAGCUUAUCAUGUUGUUAGACCUGGCAAAUAACUCAAGAACAAGUAACAAAGCCACUUGGCAAAGAACUUGGCUAAGUGUCACCAAAGGGGAUACAGUUAUCAAUGGUUGCAACACAAGUAUGGUUAAGUGCUGAAAAGAUGUAUUAGGAGGUAUCAGUGGAAGAGACCAAAGCAAGUAGGGACUCCAAGGGGAAAUGAGGGUUUAAAUUACUUUUGAAGAAUAAGAUAGGAGGUAGACAGAUGGAUGGGAAAGGUUUUCCAAGCAGAGGCGUGAGAGCGGAAUGACAGUCAAUGGCUAGAAUUGGAGUUGAAGGAAUGCAUGAGUGGAUUAAUUUUCUAUUACCAUUUUAACAAAUGACCAUAAAAUUUGUGGCUUAAAACACCACCAACUUGGAGCUCCUGUCGUCACUCAGCAGAAAUGAAACUGACUAGUAUCCAUGAGGACAUGGGUUCAAUACCUGGCCUCGCUCAGUGGGUUAAGGAUCCAAUGUUGCUGUGAGAUGUGGUGUAGGUCACAGACUCGGCUCAGAUCUGGAGUUGCUGCAACUGCGGUAUAGGCCAGCAGCUACAACUCUGAUUGGACCCCUAGCCUGGGAACUUCCAUAUGCCCUGGGUGUGGCCCUAAAAAGACAAAAAACAAAAAAACCAUCAACACAUCAUCUUACAGUUACAGAGGUAAGAAGUCCAAAACCAUUCUGACUGGGCUUAAAUGAGGGUGUUGGGAGGUUGGCCUACAUUAUGGAGGCUCUAGAAAAAAAAUAGAUUUCCUUACCCUUUGCAUCUCCUCAGGGCGGCUUCCUUCCCAAUUCAUGACUGUAUACUACCCCCACCAGUGGUAGCCAUCUGCGCCUCCUGCCUCCCUUUUAUAAGGACCCUUAUGAUUACAUUGGCCCCACCUGGAUAGUUGAGGCUAAUGUCCUCUUGCCAAGAUUCUUCAAUUAAUCACAUCUGCAAAGUCCUUUUUGCCUUGUAAGGCAACAUAUUCACAGGUUCCAAGGAUUAGGAUAUGAAUAUUUGCUGGGGCAAGGUAGGGAGGGGGACAUUAUUCCGUCACAGACAGGAUCUUUUUUUUCCUCGAUUGUCCACAAUUUACCUCUCCACUAUCAAUUCUCCUUAUUCAAGAUGAACACGUCCAGGAGUUCCCGUAGUGUCUCAGUGGAAAUGAAUCUGAUCAGUAUCCAUGAGGACAUAGGUUCGAUCCCUGGCCUCGCUCAGAGGGUUAAGGAUCUGGUGUUGCCAUGAGCUGUGGUGCAGUUCACAGACGCGGCUCAGAUUUGCUGUGGCUGUGGCUGUGGCGCAGGCCAGUGGCUACAGCUCCAAUUCGACCACUAGCCUGGGAACUUCCAUAUGCCACGAGGGUGGCCCUAGAAAGAUUAAAAAAAAAAAAAAAAGAUGAACAGGUCCAUGUUUGCUUACAUAUACGAAAUAGUUUGCUUCCUUUUCUGCCUGCUGUCAUCCCACACAGUAUAUUUUGUUUUGUCCAAAUACACUAAGCCACUUUUUCUUUUGCUCAUUUUAGACAUCCUUUUUUGGACUCUAAUUAUAUUUUUUUCUUUCUGUCUUUUAAAAUGUUUCUUUUUUCCAUUACAAAGGUGAUACUUGGGAGAUCCCAUCAUGGCGCAGUGGAAACGAAUCCGACUAGGAACCAUGAGGUUGCAGGUUUGAUCCCUGGCCUCGCUCAGUGAGUUAAGGAUCUGGUGUUGCCGUGAACUGUGGUGUAGGUCGCAGACGCGGCUCGGAUCCCGUGUUGCUGUGGCUCUGGUGUAGGCCAGCGGAUACAGCUCUGAUUAGACCCCUAGCCUGGGAACCUCCAUUCGCCAAGGGAAGGGCCCUAGAAAUGGCAAAAAGACAAAAAAAAAAAAAAAACCAAAGGUGAUAUUCACUUACUCUAGAAAAUUUGGUUAAGUUUUAUUCUUGCUUAAGUUUUACUUAUUUGGAUAAGCGAAGUAGAAAACAUCGCCUUUAAUUCCUUUUCUUUUUAUGGCCGCAUCUGCAGCAUAUGGAAAUUCCCAGGCUAGGGGUCGAAUCAGAGCUACAGCUGGAGUCUGUUGCACAGCCACCGUAACACAGGAUCUGAACCACAGCUUGCAGCAACACCAGAUCCUUAACCCAUUGAGCGAGGCUAGGAAUCAAACCUACAUCACCACAGAAACUAUGUCAGGUUCUUAACCCCUUAAGCCACAACAGGAACUCCUCACCAAUAAUUCCUCAAUCCCCAAAUAUUCAUAGUUAACAUUUUAAGUGAAUUUCUUUCUCCAUAUACUGUUAUUUCUGUUUUUCAUUUCUGCGAGUAGUGAUUAUGUUAUCUUGAAUAAAAUACUGUAUCUUUUGUUUUACUGACACUGUAACAGAGGUGAAAGUUUUCAAACUAAUAGAUUUGCAUUAUUCACCUGUGGAUAAUCUCAGUUUUUUGCUUCCCUACACACUCUUUGAUAAUAAGUGACGUUUUAUGGACAUUUUUUUUUCUGUUGUAGAGCAUUGGGCCAAUAUAAUCAGGAAAUUUUGUAUGUUAAUAACAAAAUCUCUGAGUUGUGUUAACCUAGAAUUUGGCAUUCAAUAAACAUAAUUUGGAUUAUU